AUGCACCGAUUCCUGCUAGCACUCCCCUAUUGCCAUGCACUGGUUGCAGCACCCUCCCGCGAAGUCGACAUCGCCAUCAUUGGCGGUGGCCUAUCCGGACUAUCCACCGCCAAACAGCUCGCAGCAGCCAAUAAAUCCUUCGUCAUAGUAGAAGCACGAGACCGAGUCGGUGGCCGCGUCCUCAAUUCCAGUCCCACAGGACAUUACGCCCAAGAACUAGGCGCCGAAUUUGUUGCACCAACCCAAGACCGCGUGCUGGCUCUCGCAGCCGAACUCGGUCUCCCAAUCUACAAGACGUACACGGUGGGAAACUCAACCUUCUAUCGAAACGGCACGGCGCGUCAUUACCAAGAUAACCUGGGCGGUAUUCCUCCGGUGGGAAUAAGCUCCCUCGUCGAACUUGCAUCGUUCAUGAACGACAUCAAUACCCUAGCAAGCGAAGUGGACCUAGAAGCCCCGUGGAACACCCCGAAUGCCACAGCGCUAGAUUCAAUGACUCUAGAAACAUACGUCAAUUCCCGACUAUCCACAUCCGACUCGCGCGCUCUCCUCGACGUCGCCAUCCCAGCCAUCCUAUCAACCGAAUUGAAAGAACCGUCUCUACUAUAUUCGUUAUGGUGUAUAGCCGCCGCCGGAAACGAAACGGGACCUGGGACCAUCAACCGACUCAUCGGAGUCGACGGCGGCGCACAGGAUAGUCGAGUGAGCGGUGGAACACAGUUACUCGCAACAUUACUCGCCGAGAGACUCAACUCUCAAAACAUCUACCUCAACACACCCGUCCGCAAAGUCCAGCUCCAAUCUGAAUCCAACUAUCUAGUCUCGUCAGACGACCUCACCAUCUCCGCCCGACAUGUCGUCCUCGCCAUGUCCCCACCUCUGAUAAGCCGCAUAACAUUCGAUCCCCUCCUCCCUGCCGGCCGAGACCAAUUAAACCAGCGCAUGCCAAUGGGCGCACUUGGCAAGGCCAUUGCGAUCUUCCCGGACGCCUGGUGGCGGGCCGAGGGACUCAACGGCGCAGGUGUGAGUGACACCGGUUCGAUCCGAGUGACAUACGACAACUCGCCUGCCGAUGGCUCUUUCGGGGCGAUGAUGGGAUUCAUCGAAGCGGACGAGAUGCGCAAGCUUGAUUCUGCAAGUGAAGACGAGGUCAAAAACCAGGUCAAGCGGAGUUUUGCUAAUCUUUUUGGUGAUCGUGUGAAUACUGCUACAGAUGUUCUUGUUCAGAGGUGGGAUCUUGAGGAGUUCUCGCGUGGUGGUCCUAGUGCUUUCAUGCCGCCGGGUGUUUUGACGCAGUAUGGGGUUUGUUUGCGGGCUCCGGUUGGGAGGAUCCAUUUUGCUGGGACGGAGACUUCGCUAAGGUGGAUUGGGUAUAUGGAUGGGGCUAUUAGUUCGGGAGAACGGGUUGCUAGGGAGAUAUUGAUGGAUUGGUGA